AUGAAGUUUCCUGCUUUGGGGACAUUGAUCCUAACGACGAUCACCGUCUCUGCAGCAGACAAGCCUCUACCCCCAUACUAUGAGGAUCUCAAAUGGGAACCACCAAGAUCUCUGUCAAACUGGUCUAAUUUGACCGUGGAAACGCGAACUGGGACGUUCAUCGGUAUGCUCAAUGAUACAUCUCCUAACGUGCGCCAGUUCUUGCGCGUGCCCUUCGCGCAGCCACCCGUUGGUGACCUUCGCUGGAUGCCCCCGCAGAAACUCCCAUCCUCGAGCCAAAGAUAUGAUGCCACGAUCUACGGUCCCGCUUGUCCGCAGUAUGUUCAACGUGAAGACUCGUUCUGGAAGGACGACGAACCAGGUAGUUUUGUGAUCAACCUUGGGGAGAACAUGACACAAGGAUCGGUGGCCUGGUCUUCGGCUGAGGACUGUUUAUCUAUCGCAAUAUGGACUCCUGCCUCGGCCAAUAGGGCUUCAAAACUUCCAGUAACGCUGUUUGCGACUGGGGGCGCGGGAGUGGAAGGGGGAAUUAGGAUUCCCGCUCACCUGCCAACGCAGUGGGUUUCGCGAUCUCAGGAGCAUAUCGCGAUUGCUUUGAAUUACAGAGUGAAUAUCUUCGGAAAUCCCAAAUCUCGAGCUCUCAAAGAGACAUCCCUCAGCUUGUUAGAUGUGCGAGCCGCGGUUGAAUGGAUCCACGAGAACAUCGAAGCCUUUGGUGGAGAUCCUGACAGUAUUUUCCUUUGGGGUCAAUCACAAGGAGGCGCCUUAACCCACCUGUAUACUCUAGCAUUUCCAAAUGACCCUCUGGUAACAAGUUACGGUAUCAUCUCACAAGAACCCGGCACAACUCUUGAUCUCUCUACAGGGAAAGAUCCAUACCUUGAUUUUAACAUUGUUGCCAAGGCACUCGGCUGCAACUACGGCGACGAUGCUGAAGCAGAGCUCAAUUGCAUGCGGAUGAUUUCGUGGGUCCAGAUUGAGGAGUAUAUCAAUCGAUAUCAAGGCACGCCCGGGAUAUCUUUUAUGGAGUAUAUCCCUUCAACAACAGCGGAUGAAAAAUACAUCUUCUCCAACGAGACAUUGCGCUAUCUAGAGGGAAAGGUAGCCAAGGGCCCAGCUAUCCGCUCGUUCGCUGCUAGAGAAAUUGCGGCAGAUAACAAUAUCACAUCCUCGCAAGCAGACGCACGCCAGUGGGUUUGUCUCGCAGCUUCCGACACGGCUUUGCGAUUUUCGCAAGGACUCGAUACGUACCGAUACUUCUGGGCUGGUGAUUUCUCGAACAUUAGCCCAGUCCCUUGGCUAGGAGCCUUCCACUACGCUGAUCUACUAUUGAUCUUCGGCACGUAUAUGAAGAACGUCGGGGAGAUCUCCGAACUAGAGAUAGAAACUUCGAACACGAUGCAAGACUACCUACUUGCUUUCAUCAAGGACUCUUCCACAGUCUCACAGACGAUUGGCUGGCCGUUGUUCGACCCUACCGGGCCAGAUGGUGGUCUUAUUAUCGAGUUUGGCAAGUAUGUUCCCGCGAGGAAUAUUACAGGGCGAUACUUAGAUGGAGGCUGCUUUGAUCCUUCUAUUCCAUUCAGAGUUGAUGGAUGA